AUGAAUCCUGUGCAGAAGAUAGGCGAUGGCAUCAUCCACUCCCACCUUCUCCUGGUACACGAACUGCAGUGGCUCCUCAGCAUGGUGGACCUGGGGUCUGAGCAAGUUCAGCAGCAGUCACUCCAUGUUGGGCAGCGCAGGCCCUCAGCAUCCUGGGACACACCUUCUGGGCCUGCUGCUUUCCUGGGGUGGAGUUUCCUCAGCUCUCUCCUGACUUGGUCUGUGGUGAAGAUGUGGGAAUUGGGGGAGUGGAUGUGUAUUCCAUCUGCAGGAGGUGUUGAUGGCUCUAAUGCUGAUGAUGUUGGUGGUGGGGCCAGAGGUCAGGUGACUGUGACUCAGACUCCUUCAGUGCAAACUGUUGCUCCAGGAAACACAGUCACCAUCAACUGCAAAUUCAGCACUGCUGUUUACAAUAACUGUGGCCCAUCUGGUGUCUCUUAUGACUGUCUCGCCUGGUACCUGCAGAAACCUGGAGAAGCUCCUAAACUCCUGAUCUAUGGUGCUACUGAAUUAGAGUCAGGGACUCCAGCUCGUUUCAGCGGCAGUGGAUCGAAUACUGACUUCACUCUGACCAUCAGUGGAGUCCAGACUGAAGAUGCAGGAGAUUACUACUGUCAGAGUGUACAUGAGAUCAGUAGUAGCGGUGUGUUCACACAGUGUUAGAGCGUCGU